AUGCGAGCUGGACUAGGGUACGGGCUUGUGCUCGGGCUUCUGGCAUGCGUCUCGAGCGUCUUUGCACUGGAGACCGUCACGCUCGACCUGACCAAGACGCAUCCAGUGGAUAUCGACACUCUGCUUCCGCGAUACUACAAACCUGCCACCGACGAAAUCUGCUUCAACAACGGUCUGCGAUCCUCGUUCUGCCACGUUGACGAUGGCACCCUCGUCAACCUCACCUCUACCCAGCGACACCAUCUCCGCAAGACCCUUCGCCACCACGGCAUUGCCUCGGCCGUCAACACCAUGCGAUCCUAUGCCCGACUUGCAUCCGGUGAUCUCAAAGCCCCCGUAUCGACGGACGAAAUCGUCUGCUUCAGUGCCUACCUCAACAGCCGCGCCUUUAGCACCAAUGCCACCAACACCGUGUUGAACGAGCUCUAUGUGCGACACAUUGUAGUCUCGCACAACGCGCACGCGUGGAAGAUCAUCUCGCCCACCGGAUGUUCUGAAGACGUCCAACGUCCGGUCGGUGCGCCUCUCGAACAGCGCCCCAUGCACGGUGCGUUUGGAGACAUGACGGUCUGGCAUCCCGUGAUGCAGAACCACAACAGCGAUCCCUGGGCCGCUUUCAGGGCUGGUACGGACGGAAUCGUGAAGCGCUCGCUAAGCGGUGCGCAUCUCAAGCAUAGACACGCGCGUCGUGGGAAUAAGGAUAAGCCGCAAGGAUAUGGUGCGCCGCCUGGAUUCCCUGGGUUCCCUGGAUUCCCUGGCUUUCCGCAGCAGGGUGUGCCGGGUAUGCCUGGGUUCCCGUCCCAGGGUGCUCCGAGUGCCCCUGGUGCCCCGCCUCAAGGUGCCCCUGGUGUUCCGGGUGCUCCGGGUGCUCCGGGUGCUCAGGGCGCCAAGGGCGGCAAGGGUGACAAGGGCGCUCAAGGUGUUCAAGGCGCUCAGGGUGCAGGAGCUGACGCUGCUUCUGGUUCUGGAUCUGGCACUGGUGCUAGUGGUGACGUUAAUGCCGUUGCUGGAUCCGACGCUGGAGCUGACGUCGACACUGGCGCUGGAAUCCGCGCUGGAGCCGGAGCGAGCGCCACCUCUGCGCAGGCACGCAGCGCCAGCUCAUCCGCGAUCACCUCCAAGCCGCACGGCUUUGCCUCCUCGGUCACCGGCGGCGGAAACGCCACCCCGAUCAUCCCGAAAGACAUCCACGAGCUCGAGCGUCUUCUGGCCGACGCCCAACCGCGCGUGAUCCACCUGGACAAGACCUACGACUACCGGGGCAGUAUGGGCGUCUGCACCAACUGCAAAGGCUGCAUCCCGGACUCGUACCCCAAGUGCCCGAGCAAAGGCCAGCUCGCCAUCGACAACGGCCAAGGUUGGUGUGCAGGCAAACCGCCUCACGCCGUGACCUACGACAAGGCCGGUCUCAACCCGCUCAAGGUCGGCAGCAACAAGUCGAUUGUGGGCUUGUCUGCCAAUGCGGGCAUUCGUGGUCGAGGGUUGCUGGUGGCGCACGCGAAGAACAUCAUCAUCCACAACAUCCGCAUCGACCAGAUCAACGCCCAGUUCAUCUGGGGCGGCGACGCCAUCGACCUCCGCGAUACCGACUUGAUAUGGAUCGACAAGGUCACCUUCUCCCUCGUCGGGCGACAAUUCAUCGUCACCGACUACGUGGGAGCUGGCCGCGUAACCAUCUCCAACUGUCUCUUCGACGGUCAGACCAAGUGGUCUGCCACGUGCGAUGAUUCGCACUACUGGACCGUUCUCGGGUACGGCAAAACAGACAAGGUGACCUUCUCCGGCAACAUGAUGCACCACUGUUCUGGCCGAUCUCCCCGCCUUGCCAACCCCGAAGACAAAGCGGGCGACUCGGUGUGGCACGUAGUCAACAACCUCUUCGACUACAACACCGGCCACUCGUUCGACAUUGGUCCUGGAGUAUCGGUGCUGAUCGAAGGCAACGUGUUCAACGACGUUGCGCAGACGAGCCUGCACGAGAGCAACCCGGGCCGCGCAUUUGCGCCGAGUGACACCUCGAUCGGCGCACAGUGCGAUCGUGUGCUCGGACGCAACUGCCAGCCCAACGCAUACACCAACGCCAAGCCCAUCCCUAGCACCACGGGGCUCGGUGAGGUGCUCAAGGACAUUGCGCUCGAAACCCUCACUGCCGCCAUGCCUCCGGGUGACGUGCUGACGCUCGUGCAGAAGAACGCCGGAAGCGGGAAUGGCAGCGCAGCCAAUCUGGCCAGUAGGUCCAACGAUGCUGUUGGUGCGGCGUCGAACGACGAAGGUUCAAAGCCGGAGGGCUACGGCGAUGCCCCAGCCCAGCCUGACUCCCAGCAAGCCAACGCCGGCACCCCCGCCAACGCGGCCGAUCCUAACGCUGCAAAGGCCAAGUCCCAGCAAGACAAGAACAAGCAGGACAAGAAGAAGAAGGAUGCCGACAAGAAGAAGCACGACCAGCAGGCCAAGCAGCAGGCCGAACAGCAGAAGAAGCAGCAGCAGCAGCAGCAGAAGAAGAAGCAGCAGGAGCAGCAGAAGAAAGCCGCAGAGGCUGCUGCUCGUAAGCAAGCCCAGGGCCAACCGCAAGGCUACUAG